UGGACGAGGAGUUCGAGGUGGUGUCCACGCAGCUGCUGAAGCGCACGCAGGCCAUGCUCAACAAGUACCGCCUGCUCCUGCUGGAGGAGUCGCGGCGAGUCAGCCCUUCGGCGGAGAUGGUGAUGAUCGACCGCAUGUUUAUACAGGAGGAGAAGACGAUGCUGGCGCUCGACAAGCAGCUGGCGAAGGAGAAACCAGAUGAGUACGUCUCCUCCUCCUCCUCCCGCUCGCAGAACCUCUCCUCCUCGGUCACCUUGGCCUCUGUCUCCAGCUCAACACCAGCUCCCGACAACCUGAAGGUCCCCCCGGCGCAGCCAGUCCCUCCUCUUCACCCCACCAAACUGGUCAUCAAGCACAGCGGGGGGUCCCCGUCGGUCACCUGGGCCAAAGCUUCUCCUUCCUUGGAUGGGGACGAGGACACGUUGCCCUCGAGGAGCAAACCCCCCAUCAAAACCUACGAGGCUCGGAGUCGGAUCGGCCUCAAGUUAAAGAUCAAACAAGAAGCCGGGUUGAGCAAAGUGGUUCAUAACACCGCCCUGGACCCCGUCCACCAACCACCACCCCCUCCCAUCUGUCGGGUCAUCAAAGGACCCGACCCCCACGUCACCACCGUGACCACCGCCACCUCCACCAACGCCGGGCAGAUGAACGGCACCGUCGACCACAUCACCUCCACUCCCACCGAGAAGAAACCCAUGGUGACCUACUGCCGGCUCCCUCUUCGCAAGACCUACCGCGAGAACGUCGACGCCUUCGUGGCCGAGAAACCCACUGAAAACCCCUGUCCCAAAGGAAACGUCCCCAAAACUGACAAACUCCCCCCUGGUGCCCUCGUCAUCAAGCAAGAGGAUGGAUCCAGGAGCGUCAUCACCUCCCACAAGAGCCAGGACAGCCCCUCGGUGGUGGAGAAGAGCCGGUCGGAGGAGAGCUCCAAGCUGCCGUUCUUCAACCGGAGCGACACCCGUUCCUUGGUCCUUCAAGACAACCCGGCUCCACCGAAGACCGACGACUCCACCAGUGGCCUUAUGAAGGAGCUUGCAGAAGUAGAGGAUGAAUUUUAUCGUGGGAUGAUAAAACCAGAACCUCCCGAUCAGAGUUCGGGUUCAGAACUCAACUGGGAGGUGCCGUUACCUCCCGCCAAGAGGAGAAAGUCAGAAUCAUUCGAGGUGGACAACGCCAGUUUCUCCAGCGACAGCCCCCAAGAUGAUUCCCUCAACGAGCACCUCCAAAGCGCCAUCGACAGCAUCCUCAACCUCCAACAACCUCAGACAGGGGGGCAGAACAUCCGGACUCCUUCAUCUUCCUACAACUCCUCUUCCUCUCCUUUCUCCUCACCCGUUCAUCGUACGGACACUUACCUUGCCCCUAAUCACAACGGUGGCCUUGGAGCAAGGACGUUGAAUAGAUAA